AUGAGCGAGCUCGUCCCACCAGAGCCAGCCGGCCACAGCGCGCGAGUCUCUGUGGAGGUACUGUCGGCGCGCGGCCUCCGCAACAAGCGGAAGCUCCCCUUCACGCGCAUGAGCCCCUGCGCGCUCGUCUCCCUCCCCGGCCGCCCCUCCUGCUGGAAAGCCUUGCCGCCAGCCGUCAGCGGCGGGCGAAACCCUACCUGGGGCGGCGGGCCGCAAUUCACGGCGGAAUUCGAGGUGGAUGACCUUCUGCCCCGCUUAGAAUCGUCUCCGCAUCAGCCAUCCGCCUCCGCCUUCCCUUCCGAAUCUUCCUUUCCCGCCUCUCCCAUUUCCUCCGCUUCCGCCGAUUAUAAAUCUACCGCCUCGACGUUUCCCUCCCCCGCCUCCUCCGCAGCUGCAUCCUUCCCCCCCGCGGCACUUCCCCCCCACGCGCGCGCGCAAGUGCGCGUGGAGCUCUUCAGCUCCGCUACCCUGCGCAAGUCGCUCGGCGCGGCCACCGUGGCGCUGGACGCGGCGCUCCGCCGACCGGGGGAGUGGCAGUUAGCGCAGCUGCCAGUGAUGCGCUCGAGGCGCAACGGGGGAGACGAGCGCGCGAAGCAGAGCAGAUGGGUGACGGUGCGGGUGAGGGUUUGGGGAGUUGCGGAGGCGGGGAUGGGGGAGAGGGGGAUGGCGGAGUGGGGAGCAGCAUGCUGGCAGCCCCCGCUUGCACCCAUCCCAUCGUUCUACACCCAAACAGGUAGGGAGUGCGAUGCUGACGUGGACGGUGCUGACGUGGACGGUGUGAGAAGAGAGGGCGUAGCAGCUGCAGCAGGUGUAGUGACAGCUGGCUCAGCAAUCACCCCAUCUCCAUCGCCUUUAACACCUCCACCACCACCGCCUGUUACUGGUUACCCUGCCGCACCCCCUUAUAGUCACACUGUGCCACCUUACUACCCUCCCAACUAUCCCCCGGGACCAUACGCUCAACCAACCAGCAGCACUCACCCGUACACAGCCUAUGCAGGGCCGAGCAAUCCCCCUGCACCAUGGUACCCCUCGUUACAAGCACCUCCAGUGACGGUGUACAAGCACAGCAAGCACGGGCAGAAGAGGAGGGCGCCUGGCAGGUCGGGGAUGGGUGCAGGGUUGGCGCUGGGGGCACUGGGUGGGCUGUUGGUGGGGGAUGCCAUUGGGGAUUCGAUUGGGGAUGGGCUGGGAGAUGCUGGAGGAUUUGAUUUUGGAGGGUUUGAUAAGUCACCUCGCCCUCUCUUUCACGAACUUCGAAAUAUGAGCGAGCUCAUCCCGCCAGCCGGCCACAACGCGCGAGUGUGCGUGGAGGUAGUAUCUGCGCACGGCCUCCGCAACGAGCGGAAGCUCCCCUUCCCGCGCAUGAGCCCCUGCGCGCUUGUCUCCCUCCCCGCCCGCCCCUCCUACUGGAAAGCCUUGCCGCCUGCCGUCAACGGCGGGCGAAACCCUACCUGGGGCGGCGGGCCGCAAUUCACGGUGGAAUUCGCGGCGGAUGACCUGCUUCCCCUAUUAAAUUCGUCUCCGCAGCAGCCCGCCUCUUCCUUCCCUUCCGACUGCAUCCCCCCCCCCCCCGCGGCGCUUCCCCCCCACGCGCGCGCGCAAGUGCGCGUGGAGCUCUUCAGCUCCGCCUCGCUGCGAAAGUCGCUCGGCGCGGCCACGGUGGCGCUGGACGCGGCGCUCCGCCGACCAGGGGAGUGGCAGUGCGCGGAGCUGCCUGUGAUGCGCGGGGGGGGAGACGAGCGCGUGACGCAGUGUGGAUGGGUGACGGUGCGGGUGCGGAUUGGGGGAACCGCGGAGGCGGGGAGGGGGGAGGGGGGAAGGGCGGAGAGGGGAGCAGCAUGCUGGCAGCCGCCGCUUGCACCCAUCCCAUCGUUCUACACCUACACAGGGACUGAGGACGGUGCUGACGUGGACGGUGCUUACGACCUUACCCCCAAUCAAGCAACCCCCCUGGGCCAGGUUACCCCUCGUUACAAGCACCUCCAGCGCCAGCGUACAAGCACAGUAAGCCUGUGUUGA